AUGCUGUCAUUACCCUCAACCCCGCCCCCAAAAUCAAAAAUUCUGGUCCUUGGAGCAGGCAAUUUUGGAAGCUGUUUGGCGGACCAUCUCGGAAACUCAGACCAUGAAGUAUUCAUGUGGUCUCGAGAAGCUCGCUUUGUGGAAUACUUUAACAAGCAUCACCGGAAUCCAGACUACCUGAAAGAUCACGAAUUUUCAACGAAUAUUCGCGUUGUCGGCCCGGAGAUACCCAGCAGGGCGAUGAUGAAACAGAUGGAUGUUUUACUUUUUGCAAUACCAACGCAAGGCGUCAGAGAAACACUCAUCAAACUACAACACAGCUUCGACCGCGCAAACUUACCUUUGAUGAUUUUUGUCAACAAAGGUAUUGAAACAGGCACACAUGCACUAACGCUCGAGAUCAUUGCUGAUACCUGCGGAAGUGAAAUUGCGCGCGCGGCAACUUUUAUUUCCGGACCAUCAUUUGCAACGGAAAUUGUUCGCAGGCAACCGACGUCUGUUUCUGUCGCAUCUCUAACAGAAUCGCAAGCAAGGAAAGCGUCAGAAAUAUUUCAUCAGCCGUGGUUCCGGUGUUACACUGGAUCUGAUCCGAUAGGGUUAGAACUUGCAGGUGCCCUUAAGAAUGUUUACGCUAUCGCCACAGGCCUUGCCGAUGGACUCGGAUUCGAGAAUAACACGAGAGCCGGUCUUAUUACUCGCGGCCUCGCCGAAAUGACGCGAAUCGGAACUGCGUACGGAGCAUCACCAUUGACGUUCUUAGGAUUGGCUGGUGUGGGAGACUUGUUUCUUACGUGUAGUUCGCCGACCAGUCGUAAUUACACCGUGGGUUAUCGACUAGGUAAAGGAGAGCCGCUGGAAGAUAUUAUCAAGACACUUGGUAGUGUAGCUGAGGGAGUGACAACAGUGAAGGGAUUGAAGAAGAUUAUCGAUGAGAUGCAAGUGUCUGCGCCUCUUGCCAACGGGAUAUAUGCACUUCUCUAUGAAGGGAAAGACCUGCAUGAAGGUAUACAAGAAUUAAUGUGUCGUCCACCGUCACGCGAACUGGACCUACCGGAGAAAGCAGGGGAACCUGCCAAGAGGUUGAUGCAGAAGCUUGGAUUGGACACAUGA